AUGAUGUUAUCACAAUUAUUUAAAGGAUAUCAUCCAUUGAAAUAUAAUUAUCACAAUACGGUUAGAUAUGUAUUGUCUUCAUCAUCAUCAAUAAACUCGAUUCAUCAACAUCAAAAUAAUAGACAACAUUAUUGUAGUACAACUAAUAAUAAUAUAGAUAAUAAUAAUAGUAGUAAUAAUAAUAAUAAUAAUAGUAAUAAUAUAGAUAAUAGUAAUGUAGAAUUAUCAAGUAAAGAAAGAAAUAUAUUAAAGAGAAAGAAGAAAAAAGAUGAUUUAUUAAACAACUUGACCAAUGAGUUGAACAAUAGCAACAACAACACGACGUCAAAGGUUGAUCAAAGAAACAAACAAAUCGAUGAACAAUUAAAUCGUAUGGAACACGUUAAACUUGAUAGAUGUACUGGUUGUGGAUGUACGAUGCAAUACGAAGAUACAAACACACUUGGAUACAUACCAAAAUCGGUUGCCAUUCGGUACAUGUUGAAUAAACAAGUACGUGAAGACUUUAUCAAAGAGGAAGAGGAAAUGAUCCUUAAACUAAAAGAACAAGAAGAAAAUCAAUUGGAACAACAACAAGAUUAUGAUCCAUAUCUUAAUCAAUUUAAUGAAUUAGAAGAAGAAGUAGUAGAUAAUAAUAAUAAUAAUAAUAAUAUUUUGGAACAUCAAGAGGAAGAAGAAAUGAUGGGAGAAUUAGAUGAUUUAGAUCAAUAUGGAAAUAAGAAAACAAAAAUAGAUAAAGGUCAAAUUUACUUUGAAAGAUUCUUUGGUCGUAGUAAAUUAAAUUCAUCCUCAUCUGAUACAACAACUGCAACAACUGCAACAUUGGAUACAUUCUUGAAAAAAGAAGUAUGUCAAAGAUGUCAUAUGUUGAAAAACUAUGGAAAGGUUGUACCAAUCAAGAUUCCAGUCAACGAGUUUAAGAGCAAGUUGGCUAAUAUUCGAAAUAUGAAUUGUGUUGUCAUCAAGGUGGUAGAUAUUAUGGAUUUCUCUGGAACGUUUAUCGAAGACUUUAGACACAUUGUCGGUAACAAUCCAGUGAUUGUCGUCUGCAACAAGAUGGAUGUCUUGCCCGCCGACAUUCACAAACAUCGUAUCGAAGAUUGGAUCAGAAGAGAGUGUAAAGCCCGUGGAAUGGUAGCAGCACACGUCAAACUACUCAGUAGUGCCAGCAAAGAAGGUAUCACAGACUUUAUCGUCGAGCUGGAAAAGAUCAGAAGAGGUAGAGAUGUUUUCGUAGUUGGAUGUUCCAACGUUGGUAAAUCAACUUUCCUCAAUGCUCUAGUCGACGAGUACUCUAAUAAAGUUGAAUUUGGAGAUCAACAAGAAGAAGAGAAUGGAGGAAAGAAGAAAAAGAAUGGUAAACAAGAAGUCAAGCAUAAAGAGGCAGAACCACAAGAAACACCAGAAAAAGAAGCAGAAAGAAAGAGAAAGUUGUUGGCUAGUCGUGUAACCACCUCGAUCUUUCCAGGAACAACUUUGAAUGUUAUUUCAGUGCCACUGUGGAACAACUCGACGCUGUUUGAUACUCCCGGUGUUGACAACCCAUCACAAAUCAUCAAACUUCUCAAACCAGAGGAACUCAAGGCCGUCAUCCCAACCAAGCGUAUCAAACCAUCUCUAGUGCAUAUGAUCGAGGGUAAGAGUCUGUUUUUAGCCGGUCUAGCUCGUAUCGACUAUUCCGGUGGUUUGGCAACAUUUACAGUCUACACCAACAACAAUCUCCCCCUUCAUCUUUGUAGAACCGAUAAAGCAGAUGCUCUAUUCCAACGACAAAGAGGUAAAAUGUUAUGUCCUCCUAUUGGUCUAGAAAAUAUUAAUAUUAAUAAUAAUAAUAAUAAUAAUUAUAUUGAAAGUGACAUUAUUGGAAAUGGAUUAGUAUUUGAUGAAAAGAUGGAUCUUUCACAAUUAACUAAAUUUUCAAUUACACCUGAACAAGUAGAUUUUAAACAUACCCAUACCGAUCUUGUUAUUUCUGGAUUGGGUUGGAUUGCCAUCAAACCGCUGUCCAAACAAGCCAAACCCUUUAAACUUUCAAUAUACACGCCUAAAUUCAUCGAUGUUUCACUUAGAGCUCCUUUGGUUCCUUUUACAGAUACCUUUAAUAUUGUUAAAUAA